AAACACAUGUCCCGCAGAUACAUCUGUGCGUAUACUUUAUUUAACAUUUGUCCUACUGAACAUUACACUCAGAUGUAUAUGACGUAUACUUAUAUCGUCGGUAUGCAACAUUCUAACGGGAUAGCUUUCAAAACUCUAAAAUUAAGUUACUUUCGAUAACACCAAAACAAAUCAGCGGUAGUACGUGUGUAACAAUUUACAAUAAUAUUAUUAUGGCCGACAAACUAGAGUGUUCCGAUAAUGUGGUCUAAUUCGAGCGUUUCUAAAAGUAACUCGAUUUAGAUCUGUUCGCCGUUUAUAAAGCAUUGUAUUAUAAGGGAUUUUUUUAUGUUUUUAUUUAUUGAUUCUCUGGCAAAAGACCUUGGAUAUUAUAUACGGCAUUCGGGAUACGAAUCGAUGGCGUUAGUCUAUCCAAAUGUUAUGAUUUUUAAACCGUUCGAUUAAAAAACCACGUGAUCUCCCGGAACGAUAGGAAUGGGCAAUAAAAAAUAUAAUAUAUUAUUGCAAAACACUUUGUCGAUGAAAAUAUAAAUAGCAGCGCGAACGUUAUAGAUAAUGGACGUCUUUAAACCGUCGGAGUUUUGAUUACGUUUGCGUGCUGCGACUUAUUCGAAUUUUGGACCGGAUCCAUAAAGUUUAUGCGACCGUACGAAAUUCCCUUUUGACCGUUAUAAUCUGAGGAGUUUACGAUUAAGUGGUAAACCGAGAAAAUCGCGCGGAAUUAUUGAGACAGCAGUCGAUAAACAAAUUGUAGGAGUUUUUUCUUUGAUAUAAUUAAGACAUUCACUUAGCAUUAUUAUUCAAAGGUUUGUUCCGUGCAUUAUUUCUUAUACCUAUACCUACCCCGUAUUAUAAUAUAAUAUAAUAUUACCUAUUGAUAGUUCUAUUGAUUCAUCGGUCACGGUAAACAAUAUAAAACCGCAUCCACGGUACAUCUGAACGCACAAUAUGUGUUAUUACAAUAUUAUUACGAUCGUAUAGUCUGUUUGCGUUAAUAUUCGCGGAGGUGUCUCAAUUAUAUUGUUAUGAAAUUAAAUAUCAUAAGUGUUGUACGUACACUUAAUAGCAAUACCGAACGAGCGAGCAAUGUUUUCUACACCUAAUACAUCGAUUUAAAAUCGAGCAUUUCGUCACAUAUGCGUCUCGAUGAUUUGAACUUUGAACUUUGAAUCAUCUUCACAAUGAUUCACUGCUCAGCACGGACGUAUUAAAUGCGCCAGGCACGCCCAACGGAGAACUAAUAUGACAUAGGCGUACCCAUCUUGAAAGUCAUUUUAUUCUUAUUUCAAAACAUUUACUAAUUUUCACGAGAUUACGUCAUGCAUAGCGUAUCCGUUUACGGUCGUCAAAUGUAAGGCGUAAUCUAGCAGUAGGCACUUUAAACAAAAUAAUAUGUGCACGAGCGAUAAACUUUCUAAAAUCAACCCUACGGCUAAACAUAACGGAAGUAACCGUUAGAUAGCAGCACGCUGUUCUUAAUAAAUGGUUAAAAGCGUUAAACAAUAAUAUUUUCAUCACGUAUUUUUAAGGCUUUGCAUCCAUUGAUUCGGACUAGUCAAGUCUCUUUAAGCUCUAACCCGGAUGCGGAUUUUCGUUACUCGUCAAUAUUCACCGCAGUCGGCAUUUAUAAAGGUCGAGUGUUCGCCAUCAAAAACGUGAAAAAGAAGUCCAUUGAUAUUACUAGAGCCAUGAAAAAAGAACUUAAAGUGAUGAGAGAUUUGAGACAUGAAAACUUGAACGGAUUCAUAGGUGCUUGCACAGACCCUCCGAAUAUCUGUAUAGUGACUGAAUAUUGUAAUCGAGGUAGCUUGAAGGAUAUUUUAGAAAACGAAGAUGUGAAAUUGGAUAACAUGUUUGUCGCCUCGUUGGUAGCCGAUAUAAUUCGUGGUAUGUUGUAUUUACACGAUUCCCCAUUAAGAUACCAUGGAAAUUUGAAGUCGUCCAAUUGCUUAGUGGAUUCUCGUUGGGUGCUGAAACUCACAGACUUUGGUCUUCAGGAGUUCAAAAAGGAAUCAGAAGACUUUCCGCAUCAUUUUCUACAGCACGACUUUCGACUUCAAAAGGACGACGAAGUGGAUUGCAAGUGUGAAGGACUUUUAUACAUCUCACCGGAGCUGUUGCGUUGCUACAACUCUUCUAUUCAAAUAUCAUUCGGAACUCAGAAAGGGGAUGUGUAUUCAUUCUCUAUUAUUCUGUAUGAAUUGCAUAGCCGUAAAGGUCCUUUUGGAGAGAACCACGGACUUGGGGUGUCAGAUAUUUUGAGAAAAAUUAUUUAUUAUUCACAACAAGAUGGUUCAAAUCCAUUUAGGCCACCAUUGGAACUACUAGAAAAUAACUUUGAUUUUGUCAGAGACUGUUUAGAAGACUGUUGGGCAGAGAAUCCAGACGACCGCCCAGAUUUCAAGACUAUCAGAGUUAAAUUAAGACCCAUGCGAAAAGGAAUGUAAGAGACCAAAUAUUUUUGACAACAUGAUGGCAAUGAUGGAAAAAUAUGCCAACAAUUUAGAGGUAUUGGUUGACGAACGAACCGACCAGCUUGUGGAGGAAAAGAAAAAAACAG